AUGGCCCCUCAAGCAACUCUCUCGCGAUUAAUCGAUAUGUGCUUGAAGCCGACACCACGAUCUGCUGAUUAUAUUGAAUUUGUAGGAAAUUAUACCAUGUCCGAGGAAGUUGUUCGCUUGCAGAAAGUUGGACUGGGCGUACCUAAUCUGAACGAUUUGGACCCCAGGGUGUCUGAGCUUAUCCUGGAAUUUUACUCAAGACGCUCCAGCAUAUCUAUGAACUCCCCGAUCAGGAUGUUUCUGCCUCCGUUGACGGAAUGUCCAGGUCUGAGAAGUGCCUGGGACAAAAGCACUCCCAUUCGCCAACUUGCAUAUUCUAUUGGAAGCUAUAUUCUUCCUCGAAAAGAUGGAUGUCUUCAAGUUCGCGAAUUUAGGCGCGUCGAGAGCGUCGUGUAUGCUGGUCGUCAAAUAGAGCUUUUACCGACGAUUCUCGUGCGAGAGCAUUUGGACGAUAUUUUAUCAUGCGCAGAGUGUUGCGAGGCCGAUAUCCAGCGUGAUGAUAUUAAAUUCUGGAUUCUUUUGGCAAUGGCUCUCGACAAGAUGGAAUCCAUUCAGAGAGGGGGAGAAACGCUCACGGAGACUAUUGAAAAAUACUUUGUCGGCCUGACAGUAAAGUCGGGGGAUAAUAGUGUGGCAUGGGGCAUUGUCCACGUUGCAGCACAGAUGCAGGCGACGCUGUACUCACUUCGGGUCCUUCAGCAAACCUUGCGCUCGGUAUUCAAUCCCGAAAAAGAAUUUCUUCCAGAGGCUACAGGAUUAUGCACAAUGCUGUCCGAGCUGAUACCCGUGGAACUCUAUCCUUGUACAACUGAUCUCCUUAGAAUAGUACGAGAACUUCAGAAAAGCAGAUCACUGUAUGCUCUCGAUGCACUUUUGACUAAGAAGUUCGGGGGGAAUGAACCUCCUUACAACAAGAGUGAGGAGAUCGAAUCAACUCUGAUCGAUAACUCUGAGUCCGCUUUGUCUGCUAAGAGCGGCACAAACACGAACAAGGAUGACAAUAAUCCAUUUAGUGUUUUGGACUUGGAGGGUUGA